UAGACUUCUUUAUACUUAUAAAAUUCUCUCAUUAAAUUAAACUUCUCGUCACUUAUUUUUUAUAACUCAACAAAAAAACAAUUAUUACAUCUUUUUAUCGAUUAUCAGUUCUGAACUCUACAACUCUAGCAAAAACAACACUUAUAGAUAACCAAACAUUUUUUGAUUAAUUAUGGGGAAAUUAUAUCUAUUGUUCGGACCUCGUUCUUACAAUAAUUUGAACUACGUAUCAAUGUAACAUUUUUUUUAAACAACUAGUGUCUGUCGGAUUGGCUUAAAUUACUACCAAAAUUCAUUUACAAAAUUUUUUUACCGUCAAAAAUAAUAAAGUAUUGCACUGGAUUAUUUUUAACUGCAUACAUUCAUUUUGUGUGGAAAAUUGGACUUAAUCUGAAGAGCCAACGGUAUUUAUAUAAAAGAUAUAAUCAAAUAUUUGAUAAUUUAAAAAACUUAUAAUUUAUAAAAUAAAUAAUUAUCAAUGCCACUAAAUUUUUCGUUGCGUCACGCAUAUCUUGAGUCUGAAACAGACAGUGUUUUACCAAUGGCUCCAAAUAUCUAUAUUAUAACUCCAAUACAACAUAUUCAUUUCAAUUAAAUCGAUUACGUCUUAAUAAACAAAAAAAAAUCUACAAUGGAUGAUAGUAUCAACACUUAUGCAUAUCGAGAGCAAGAAUGUGCUGGCCGGUCAUUGGCAACACUUUUGAUAUCAUGGGUCGCAGUUGCAAUGUUGGGAGCUAUUCUUCUACGGUGGGAACACAUGUGGAUAGCGUUAACAGUAUUGACAUUAUUAUUUCUGAUGAUGUGUGCGUAUGCAAUUAAAUUGAAACGACAGACUCCUGGUGAAAUUGUUGGAGAAGAUAGAUGUUAUGUACAUAGUAAUAAUAGUAAUAAUGAUAUUAGUAACAGUAGAAAUAUUCAAACGGUUUCCGGAUCAGUGGACAACUUUACCGAGAUAAUACAACCACCAGCUUAUCAACAGUACUGGAUUAACGAUUUACCACCAUCAUAUUCCGCAGCCAUUGGCACAGAACUACCAAUCGAAAUAACGAGAACUUCUCUACCAAUAUUAGAUGAUAAUUACGCAACAAUAACAUCAAAUCCACCGGCCUACUGUACAGUCAUUCAAUUAGACUCUAUAGGGACUCACACGAUUGACGGUAAUGAGCAACAAUUGGUUGACAGUGUGCUGCCACCUUUGGCGCGAAAUUUGAAUAGCGACUCGAAAUUUUAACUAAAAUCGUAUGAUAAGAAAAAUUAAAAUUAAAAAUUAUCUACAGUAUUUCAUUAAUUGUAAAUAACAAUCAGUCUUAUAAAAAUUUAUAUAUAUAUAUGUAUUCAUCAAAAGUAAAUAUAAUAUGAACA